CGUGCGGUUGGGGGGAGGGGAAGCCCCAGGCUCCCGCCCCCCACCUCACAGCUGGGACCGGACUCUCCCGCCAUAGAUGUGGCGCCACCACGGCCCGAGCCUGGUAUCACCCAUUCCGGAGUCUGAGGGGUCCAGAGUUGCAGACUCUGGCGUCCCGAGUCUCUGAACCGCGCGUCCUGAGAGACCCCGCAGCUCAGACUCCCACAUCCAAGCUAAAGGACCCCAAAAUCCAAGUGCCCAGCGCCCCCUUCUGGAGGAGCAGGGAGUCCGGGACAGCAGCCGAGCUUCCAGCACCCGGUUUUGAGGAAUUUAGGAUCCUAGACCGGAGUUUCCCUCCAGGGCUUCCCAGAAGUUCAAGCACAAGACUCCCGGGGUUAGAGGAACUUGGGAUAUGGACUCCUAGCGCUCCAACCGGUCUGUUUUGGGCUGAUGGGCCCACUACUUCGAGAGGACCCAGAAAUUUGAGACCCCCCUGCGCUCCCUCCUGGAGGUGUUUUAAUCCCGGCUUUUAGAGGUAGGGGAACUCGGGAAUCCGGGCCCCUCACGGCGCUACCUAGAAGACUCGGGAAUUUGGGUCGCCAGCAGCCCCACCUGAGACUCAAGAGUCGAGGCUCCCAGCAUCCUUCCCACUUAGAGGACCUAGAAAGUCGGACCGCUGCACCCCAUUCUCCGAGAGACUCGGGAUUCUGGUUCCCGCAGCCUGAGAGCCCGAAGUUUACGCCCCUGACUUGCAGAGACCCAGGAGUCUUGGUUCUGUGCCUCCCCAGGGACCGUGCCAGGGUCGGAUAGGAACCAAGCUCCUCGGUUCGGGACUGGAGACUCCCCGGGAGAAGCCAUUGAGCUACUCAGCCAUGCCCGAGGGAGCCCGUGGACUGAGUCCGUCCAAACGCAGCCCUAGCCUUGGCCGUGGACGCAGAGGUGACGUGUGUGACUGUGCAGCUGUGUGUGAGACUCGCACAGCAGUACCCACAACUCCUGCCAUGGCCUCCCCUCGAGGUUCUGGGAGCUCCACAUCCCUGAGUACAGUGGGCUCGGAGGGGGACCCAGCCCCUGGGCCCACCCCAGCUUGCUCAGCCUCCAGGCCAGAGCCUCUUCCAGGGCCCCCCAUUCGCCUGCAUCUGUCACCCGUGGGGACUCCAGGUUCAGCAAAACCCUCGAGGCUGGAGCGUGUGGCCCGUGAGAUUGUGGAGACAGAGCGGGCCUAUGUCCGGGACCUUCGCAGCAUUGUGGAGGACUACUUGGGCCCUCUGCUGGAUGGCGGGGUCCUGGGGCUGAGCACGGAGCAGGUGGGCACACUGUUUGCCAACAUCGAGGACAUCUACGAGUUCAGCAGCGAGCUGCUGGAGGACCUGGAGGGCAGGAGCAGCGCAGGGGGCAUUGCUGAGUGCUUCGUGCAGAGGAGCGAGGAUUUUGACAUCUACACGUUGUACUGCAUGAACUACCCAAGCUCCCUGGCCCUGCUCCGGGAGCUGUCGCUGUCUCCACCAGCAGCCCUGUGGCUGCAGGAGCGCCAGGCCCAGCUCCACCACUCCCUGCCCCUACAGAGCUUCCUGCUAAAACCUGUUCAGCGCAUCCUCAAGUACCAUCUGCUGCUGCAGGAGCUAGGCAAGCACUGGGCAGAGGGCCCAGGCUCCGGGGGCCGGGGGAUGGUGGAGGAGGCUAUCGUGUCCAUGACAGCCGUCGCCUGGUACAUCAACGACAUGAAACGCAAGCAGGAACAUGCUGCUCGCCUCCAGGAAGUGCAGCGGCGGCUAGGUGGCUGGACCGGCCCAGAGCUCAGUGCUUUCGGGGAGCUGGUGCUGGAGGGCGCUUUCCGAGGUGGCGGAGGGGGCGGCCCCCGACUUCGAGGUGGGGAGCGGCUGCUCUUUCUAUUCUCACGGAUGCUGCUCGUGGCCAAGCGCCGGGGGCCAGAAUACACCUACAAGGGUCACAUCUUUUGCUGCAACCUAAGUGUGAGCGAGAGUCCUCGAGACCCUCUAGGGUUCAAGGUGUCCGACGUGACCAUUCCCAAGCACAGGCACUUGCUACAGGCCAAGAACCAGGAAGAGAAGAGGCUGUGGAUUCACUGUCUCCAGCGCCUAUUCUUUGAGAACCACCCUGCCUCCAUCCCUGCCAAGGCAAAACAAGUUCUCCUUGAAAACAGUCUGCACUGUGCUCCUAAAAGCAAGCAUGUUGCAGAGCCCCUGACACCCCCACUUGGAUCUCCCCGACCUCGAGAUGCUAGAAGUUUCACUCCUGGACGACGAAACACAGCCCUGUCUCCAGGACAGACCGCUACCCGCCAAGGCCGCAGACAGUCUGAGCCAGCGAAGGACCGUUUUGUCAUGUUUCCACAGGAUGCUAAGCCUAGACUCACGCAUGCUGGCAGCGAUGGGGAGCUCUAUCCGUCCUUAGAGUCGGAACCACCAGUUCUAGCUUCUGGACCCUCUGAAGACCUGGAGGACACUGGACCCCCAACACUGGACCCCUCUGGGACCUCAAUCACUGAAGAAAUCCUGGAACUGCUGAGCCAAAGGGGCCUCCGGGAGCCAGGGUGCCCACCACAGCCAUCCCCCCACGACAUCCCCAAGUUCCCUGGAGACUCCCAGGUGACAGGUGACAGUGAAACCUUCACAUUCCAAACCCAGCCAAGCCGGGACUCCUCAGAAGAGGAGGAAGAGGAAGAGCCGGAGAUGGGUGACCGUGGGCCUUCCCCCCUCCACGUCCUAGAGGGGCUGGGAAGUUCCAGUGUGGCUGAAAUUCCCGACGCUCCCAGCCUUACCAAAAAUCCUAAUGUAUCCAAGCUCCCUAAGAUUCCUGGCCUUUCUGAAAUGCCUCAAAUGCCCUGCCUUCCCAGCCUCUCUGACAUUUCCAGUGUGUUUGAAAUGCCCCGCCUCCCAGCCAUACCUAGUGUCCCUGACGUUUCUGGUCUUUCCACUGCCUCCACCCUUCCCUGUGACUCCUGGCUCCAGAGACCUCUGCAGGAGCCAGAGGCUCUAGCCACCCGGAGAGAACUGUUCCCUGGAAGCAGUGCUGGAAAACUGGGAGAGCCCUCUUCAGGAAGUAGAACAGAGCAGGAGGCUGGUGAAGAAGGGGUAUCAUUCACAAAUUUCCAGCCCCAGGAUGUUAGGAAUCAGGGAUUCCCAGAUGAGCUGGAAUUCCGCUCUUGCUCAGAAAUCCGGAGCGCCUGGCAGGCACUGGAGCAGGGGCAGCUGGCCCGGCCAGGUUUUCCAGAGCCAUUGCUGAUUCUGGAAGAUUCAGAUCUAGGUGGAAGCAGUGGGAGUGGGAAGGCAGGAACCCCAGGUUCAGAGAGGGCAGCAUCCCGAGUGCGUGAGCUGGCACGGCUUUACAGUGAGCGGAUCCAGCAGAUGCAGCGCGCUGAGACCCGGGCAUCGGCCAAUGCCCCCCGUCGCCGGCCGCGGGCUCUGGCCCAGCCCCAGCUGUCCCCCUGCCUGCCUCAGGAGCAGGCCGAGCCAGGACCCCUGCCUGCCUUUGGACAUGUGCUGGUAUGUGAGCUGGCCUUCCCACUCACCUGUGCCCAGGAAUCUGUUCCCCUGGCUUCUGCUGCCCGGGUUCAAGCUGCCACACCUUUGUCUAAGCAAGGAGGCUGCCUGGAUGGUCAAGGUUUAAAUGUUUCAAAUUUGCCUGAGCAAGAUCCGCUGGGCAUCCAGGUUCCAGCUGCUACCCCUUUGCCAGAGGAAGGAAACCUCUGGAAUAUCCAGAUUCCAGUCAGCACACCUUUGCCCAAGCAGGAAGGCCCCCCAGAAAUCCAGGUUCGAGCUGUUACAACUUUGCCUGAUCAAGAAGGCCACCUGGAAAUCCAAGUACCAGCUGCCACUCCUUUGCCUGAGCAUAGUGGCCAUGUGGAUUUACAGGUCCCAACGACCACCUUUUUUCGUGAGCAAGGACAUCACAUGGACAUCCAAGUACUGACCACCCCAGCUUUGCCCAAGCAGGAAAGUUGUUCUUAUGUCAUGGUUUCAGCCACCACUCCUGUGCCCAAGCAAGAAGGCCACCUAGACAGCCAGAGCCCAGCCAAAACCCCAUUGAUUAAGCCCAGCAGUUCCGGGAAUGUUCAGUUCUCAGCCACUGUCUGUGGACAAGCUACCAGCCCUUUGCUUCUACGCAGAAGCAGCCUGGACCAUCAGAUCCUAGCCAGCACCCUACUGCCCUUGCAACAUGACCUCCCAGAUGUGGAGGUUCUGGGUACCUCACCUUUGGCGCAGCCACAAGGCCACACAGCCAGCCAGGUCCCCACCCUCCCACCUUCACCCAGGCAGAGAGGUCCCCCAGACAUCCAGGGUGCACCUGCUGCACCUUGGCUUCGGGAGCAAAGCCUCACAGACCUCCAGGUCCAAAAACUUCCACCUUUGUUGGAGCAGAAGAGCCUCACAAACAUCUGUGUUCCAGCUGCUGCACCUCUGCCUGAGCCAGGAGGCUCUCGGGACAUGCAAGGCCUGUUGCCCACCCCAGGUCAGACCACCGUGGUUUUGUCCAAACCAGGCCACUCGGUCUCUCACGUUGCCAGGUUAGAGUCUUCAGACUUGACCCCACCCCAGAGUCCCCCUCCCCCAACCCGCCACCUCCUGGGCCCCAACGCAGCUGCUCUCUCAAGAUACCUGGCAGCCUCAUACAUCAGCCAGAGCCUAGCUCGGCGGCAAGGGUCUGGGCGCGAGUCACUCUCAGCCUCCCAGGGCCCUUGGUCUUCCUCUGCCCCCACAUCCCGGGCACCUUCACCACCGCCCCAACCCCCACUCCCACCAUCCCCAGCCAGGAGACUCAGCUACGCCACCACAGUCAACAUCCACGUCAGUGGUGGUGGACGGCUGCGGCCUGCCAAGGCCCAGGUCAGGUUGAACCACCCUGCUCUCUUGGCCCCCACCCAGGACUCUGGGGGCCUCCGCAGGGCCCAGGGGGCCCCCGAUGCCCCUUUUCACACAUGAGCCAGGAUGUUGGGCUUCUUGAAAAGCAAGAUUUCAAUCAGAUGCCACAGACCCUUAGAACUUCAGUUGGAAGUCCAGACACUGAACACAGGUCUAAAAAUUGCUGCAGCUUCCCAGCUCCUGGGAAACUGAUUGGGU